AUGAACUUUUCCCAGGUCGAGAAGGAGCAGGACGUCGUAGAAGCACAUGAUGCACCUCCGACUACAGACGUCGGCGAAGGAAGUCUGUCCGACAAGUACAAGGUCGACACAGUCCACACAGAUGAGGCGAUGAAGGUCUUGGCUGCAUAUUCCGGGAAUCAACAUUGGACUGCGCAAGAAGAGAAGAAAGUUAGGACCAAGAUUGAUCGACGCCUGCUGCCAAUCCUCGUCGUCACAUAUGCACUGCAGUACUAUGAUAAAACAAUGAUUUCUCAAGCAGCACUCUUCGGACUCCGCAAAGACCUCGAGUUGACUGGAAAUCGAUACUCCAUGGCCUCUGCCAUCUUCUUCCUAGGAUUCAUCUGUGGAGCGUACCCGGCUUCUCAAUUAGCCCAGCGAUAUCCGAUCGAGCGGGUCGCUAGUAGCCUGGUAUUGCUCUGGGGCAUCUGCUUCCUCUUGACUGCUGCUUGUUUCUCCUGGCAGAGCCUCUACGUCCAGCGAUUCUUCCUCGGUUUCCUCGAAGCCGGAGUGAGCCCUAUCUUUAUGCUUAUGGUCGGCCAGUUCUAUAAAAAAGAUGAGCAAGCAUUGAGAAUGGGUAUUUGGUACGCUGCCUCUGGGAUGAUAACGCUCGUUUCCCCUGUUCUCAAUUAUGGCCUUGGUCAUAUUGAAGGUUCUCUAUCGCCGUGGAGAUAUAUGUACAUUGUUGGUGGCGUGGUUACCACAAUGUGGUCGGCCGUAGUCUAUUUUUGCAUGCCCCCGGAUCCGAUACGUGCCAGAGGCUUCCACGAGCGAGAGAAGUAUAUUGCAGUUGCUCGCCUUCGAAUCAAUAACAGCGGAGUGCGCAAUACACAUUUCAAGAAGCAACAUGUCCUAGAACUAUGCCGAGACGAGAAAUUUUGGCUGAUUUUUGCUCAAGCCUUUUUGAGCAUGAUUGCUUCAGGACCGGUCAACACGUUUAUGCCCAUUAUCAUUUCUGGAUUUGGCUUCAAUACUCUCAAUAGCCUCCUUUUAACCAUCCCCGCUGGGGCCGUUGGUGGUGCAAUCAUCCUGUUUACCACAUACACAUCAUACAAGUUCCGCAAUACGAGGACAAUUGCCAUCCUUUGUUGCGAACUCCUUGUUAUCAUGGCAUCAUUACUCUUGUGGAAACUCCCUCGAGAUGCGGAAGGCGGCCUCCUCUUUGCGGUGUACCUGAUGACAGGCUACAGUGGAGGCUGGGGUGUCAUCAUGGGAUUGUCCAUUGCCAACUCCGCUGGAUAUACCAAGCGAGUCGUCAGCUCAUCUGCCAUCCACGUUGGGUAUUGCCUUGGCCAAUUUACUGCACCACUUCUGUUCAAGCCCGAAGAUGCGCCUGAAUAUCUUCCUGGGUUUAUUGCAGUCCUAGUAACUGCGGCAGCGUCGGCGAGUCUCAACAUCCUGUACCGUUUCAUCUGUAUCUGGCAAAACAAACGUCGAGAUCAGUCUGGCAUUCUGGAGGGUUAUGACCACGCAUAUGAAGAUGACGUGACUGACAAGAAGGUAAGUGCGAAUCAACUGCGCUUUCACCCUCCACGGGAUCUGCAGACAACUUGUAAGCCCACUGACUUUGGAGCAACAUGCAGAAUCCGCAGUUUAGAUACGUUUACUAGCCACCGUGGUUCCACAUGGAAGCUGCGGCAGGUCAAUAUGUAG